CAAAGGAACAUUGGUAUCUGCCCCAUCUGCAAGGAGCCAUUUCCCAAAUCUGACAUGGAGAUUCACAUGGCUACAGAACACUGUCAGGUCACUUGCAAAUGUAACAAGAAGUUUGAGAAGAUGCACUUAAAGAACCAUGAGGAGACUGAGUGCCCUCUGCGGCUUGCUCUCUGCCAGCACUGUGAUUUGGAACUUUCUGUUCUCAAACUGAAGGAACAUGAAGAUUACUGUGGUGCGCGGACAGAGCUGUGUAGCAGCUGUGGGCGCAAUGUCCUUGUGAAAGAUCUGAAGACUCACCCUGAAGUCUGUGGGAGACGGGAGGAGGAAAAGAGAAAUGAGGGUGCGGUACCUCCAAAUACAUAUGAAGAGUCUUGGGGUCAAGGUGGAAUCUGGAUUGCAUCCCAGCUCCUUAGACAAAUUGAGGCACUGGACCCACACACAAGGCUACCUCGAAGGCACCUGCAAGCCCUGGAGUCAGACCUUUUCCACAGUAGGACUGCCAACCAAAGGAACAUGACAGCGCAUUUUCCAGUUGAGAAUAAUCUAUUUGAAGAACAAGAAAGGCAGGAAAGGAAUAGAGGCCAGAACCCCCCCUCAAAGGGUGGCGAAGAUUCUGCAAACUGGGACUUCAUGUUGGCCCUAAGUCUGCAGAAUGAGGGCCAGGCCACCAGCAUGGCAGAACAGGACUUCUGGAGGGCUGUGUGUGAGGCAGACCAGGCUCAUGAUGGUCCCCAUUCUCAGAAUGACAUAAAGGGUACAGCUGACAAGACCAUGUUGCCUUGUGAGUUUUGUGAGGAGCUCUACCCAGAGGAACUGCUGAUUGACCAUCAGACAAGUUGUAACCCUUCACGUGCCUUACCUUUGCUCAGUACUGGAAGCUCUCCCCCGAGGCGGGAGGAGGAUCCUGAUGUCAUCUUCCAGAGCUUCCUGCAGCAGGCUACAAAUAAUCAGUUGGACUCUUUGAUGGGCCUGAGUGACUCAGCCCCUGUGGGAGACAGUAUCAUCAUCCCAUGUGAAUUUUGUGGGGUACAGCUGGAAGAAGAGGUGCUAUUUCAUCAUCAGGACCAGUGUGACCAACGCCCGGCCACAGCCAGCCACCAUGUGAUGGAGGGGAUUCCUCAGCAGGACUCCCAGCCUCACGCGACCUCACCAGAGCUGCCCAGGAGGCGUGUCAGACACCAGGGAGACCUGUCUUCUGGUUACAUGGAUGAUAUCAAGCAGGAAGCAGCUAGAGGCUCCACCAGCAAUGCGGCGGAGAACAUGACAACCAGCUGUACCCAAAUGUCAGAUCCCACAUCAGCCCCCAGAUCUGGUUGCCAGCCCAGCCCUCCCCGGGUGGUGAAGCUCAGCAACUCAGAUAGCCAGGGCGCCCGGGGGCGGAAUCGAAACGGCCCCAUUGGGGCCCAGGCUGCUGCGCCUGCUCCGGGGAUGCACUCCAUGCGCAGUCUGUAUCCAGAAAGCCUUGUGCCCUCUUUCUCUCGAGGGCCUGUAGGGAGGCAUGGAGCCAGUGGUAGGAGUGAAGGUGGCAGGAGCUCCCGAGUCCCCCCUGCAGCCACCAGUUACCGUGGCAGAACUGCAAAGGCCAAGCCCCCAAAGCAGCAGGGAGCUGGGGAUGCGGAAGAAGAGGAGGAGGAGGAGGAGUGAUGGAGUCUGCGGAGACCCCUCCCCUGGGGCCCUACCUUCUAUGCAGAGCAGCACCUGCCGUGGAUCAGGCCCCACCUCCCUGGCUCUUUAGGCAGGGCAGAUUUUCCAGAUUUUAACUUUUUCUAGGUUAUGGCCAUUUUUUGUGUCUUUUCAGAUUGUGUUGUGAAAGUUUGGGGUUUGAGGGAGGGUUAGCACGGAAACUGUUGGGAGCCAACUUUCAGCCUUAGCUGCCACUUCGGGCAGCAGUGAUCACACAAGUUCUGGCCUCUGCCCACUGGGGCUCUGCCUUUUGAAAUACCAUCACCACUGCUUCUGGGUGCUCUGUGGUUCUGGUGGGAGGGAGAAGAGGGUUCUGGAAAUCUGUAGCCACCAGUGAAGUGAUUGUUUUCCCUGUGGGGGCUACCACGUGGGGCGUCUAGGUGACUCUUCUGUUACUGCUCCUGCCUGCUUCAGACUCCGGGCCCCUGGCGUGUGGAACACCUCUGAAAGUGCUCAGGCCUGUGGCACUGUUAGGGAGGAGGCCUCCAGAGAGGGGUUGGCCGGAGCUGCGUGGACUGGGGGUGUCUGAAGCUGCUUCCUUGUUGUUUGGCGUCACUGUUUCUGUUCCUGGUAGGUAUUGUGGCCCCUUUGUUCUCCCUGCCCUCUGUGGAGAGUGAGGGAUGCCUGUGCCCGAUGGGUCAUGCUGGGCUGCAGUCCCAUGCUUCCUCUGAAAAUCAAGCGUCAGAGCUACUUUCCCCUUUAUUUUACUAUAAUUGCUAUCAGCCUCCUUAUAAUAGAAAUAAAAUUUGUACUUGGAGUUCA